GGCUUUCAAAUCCAUCGCAGUCGACAGCCAGUCUCAGGCAGGCGGCGUUAAACGCAGCACCGAGGCAGCAGUCAGGGCUAAAAUGACGUUCAGCCGCUUGUUAUCCCGAGCUGUUCUCAUUAACAGGGCCGGAUCCAGAUCAGCCUUCACUAGCUCCAAGACGGACACAGCCAGCCCCAACUGGCUGCAAGUGGGUCUUGCGUUUGGAACAGCGGCUUUUAUCUGGGGCCUGCUCUUCAAACAGCACAGCACAGAUGUUCAUGAGUAUGAAGUGAAAAAAGGCCUUCAGUGAUCUGUACAGAAGGAAGCGUUUGGAUCCUCUCUGUUGGACACAUCUGCUUCUGUUCCAUGUAACCCCCCCAACCUAAACUCUGUAAAAUACAAUGAAAUAAGAUAAAUAAAUGUCAUGUGUGAACUGUGGA